GCAUCAGUGGGCUGAAGAUGACUUUCAGUCAGUAGGGGCAGUUCGGAUGUUCCAACAACCAGAUAAUAACAACACAUAUGUCAUGUACCAUGGAACCACUAGUGCCAAUGCUCUGAAAAUCUUGGCCUCUGGCUUUCAACGGUCGGCAGAUGGCAUGCUUGGUCCUGGUGUCUACCUCAGCAGAGAUCUGCAGAAAGCGAGCCGCUAUCCCAUUGAUCACCCUGAGAAUGACAGGGCCGUCAUUAGGGUUCUGGUCAACGUGGGAAAAGUGAUUGCCAUCAAUCGUCAACACCAUCCACAUCAGAAGAAUUGGCAUGACUACGGAUACGACACUGCCUGGGUGCCACCCAACUGUGGAAUGGUGAAGAGCGGCUUGGAGGAGGAUUGUGUCUGGGAUCCCAAACGAAUCCAGAUCCAGAGUAUCAUCAAACCAACUGAAGAUGACUUUCAGUCAGUAGGGGCAGUUCGGAUGACCCGACAACCAGAUAAUAAAAACACAUAUGUCAUGUACCAUGGAACCACUAGUGCCAAUGCUCAGAAAAUCUUGGCCUCUGGCUUUCAACGGUCGGCAGAUGGCAUGCUUGGUCCUGGUGUCUACCUCAGCAGAGAUCUCCAGAAAGCGAGCCGCUAUCCCAUUGAUCACCCUGAGAAUGACAGGGCCGUCAUUAGGGUUCUGGUCAACGUGGGAAAAGUGAUUGCCAUCAAUCGUCAAUACCAUCCACAUCAGAAGAAUUGGCAUGACUACGGAUACGACACUGCCUGGGUGCCACCCAACUGUGGAAUGGUGAAGAGCGGCUUGGAGGAGGAUUGUGUCUGGGAUCCCAAACGAAUCCAGAUCCAGAGUAUCAUCAAACCAAUUCGAACCCAGCACUACUCUGGAUCUGGUGCACAAGGCUACAUGUAA